CUUAGCGACCGUUUUCCAGUCGUUCAAACGGUUCAAAUGGUACAGUCCGAAUGAACUGUGGUGUAGCAAGAUGGCAGCUUCAUUGGAAGACGAGUUUGAAGAUGCGCCCGAUAUAGAGCCUCUGGAGCCCACGCUGAAGAACAUCAUCGAGCAGAAAUCUCUGAAAUGGAUUUUUGUAGGAGGCAAAGGUGGAGUGGGAAAAACAACCUGCAGCUGUAGUUUGGCUGUUCAACUGGCCGCAGUGAGAGAGAGUGUCCUCAUCAUCUCCACAGACCCGGCACACAACAUCUCUGACGCGUUCGACCAGAAGUUCUCCAAAGUGCCCACCAAAGUGAAGGGUUAUGACAACCUCUUUGCCAUGGAGAUUGACCCGAGUCUGGGGGUGGCAGAGUUGCCGGAUGAGUUCUUCGAAGAGGAUAACAUGCUGAGCAUGGGCAAGAAGAUGAUGCAGGAGGCCAUGAGCGCCUUCCCUGGUAUUGAUGAGGCCAUGAGCUACGCUGAGGUCAUGAGGUUAGUGAAAGGAAUGAAUUUCUCAGUCGUGGUGUUUGACACAGCUCCCACGGGCCACACACUGCGUCUGCUCAACUUCCCCACCAUAGUGGAGCGUGGCCUGGGCCGUCUCAUGCAGAUCAAAAACCAGAUUAGCCCCUUCAUAUCUCAGAUGUGUAAUAUGUUGGGACUGGGGGAUAUGAAUGCAGACCAGCUUGCCUCAAAACUGGAGGAGACUCUUCCUGUUAUCCGCUCAGUCAGUGAGCAGUUUAAGGAUCCGGAGCAGACGACGUUCAUCUGCGUGUGUAUUGCAGAGUUCCUGUCUCUAUAUGAGACGGAGCGGCUGAUUCAGGAGCUGGCAAAGUGCCGUAUUGACACACACAACAUCAUCGUCAACCAGCUUGUGUUCCCAGACACUGAGAAGCCAUGCAAGAUGUGCGAGGCCAGACACAAGAUCCAGUCCAAGUACCUGGACCAGAUGGAGGAUCUGUAUGAAGAUUUCCAUAUAGUUAAACUGCCUCUGCUGCCUCAUGAGGUACGAGGAGCAGACAAAGUCAACACAUUCUCCAAACUUCUUCUGGAGCCCUACAAUCCACCCAACAAGUGACUUAUAUUCUCCUAAACCUAAACCCACUGUCUCUCGCUCACACUCACUCGCCCUCACCGUUCUGACGCUGCUCCAUCAGCUCUCUCAGAAACCACAGCAACAUAAAAACAUCUUCAUCUUCACCAACUAUUAUUAUUAUUAUUAUUAUUAUUAUUAUUAUCAUUAUUAUAGUCAAAUUGGGAAUGACAACAGUCUGAUACAGUAACACUAAAGUCUCUCUUUUCUUUUUGUUUUUUUCUGUUUCUCUUUCUUUUUCUGUCGUCCCCCCCCCCCUCUCUCUCCUUUUUUAUCUUUUACCUUCUCUUCCACACUUAUUCUGUCUUUUAUUUUCUCCUCAUUUUUCUUUCUGUUUCUGAACUUUUCUUUUUCUUUCUCUUUUCUCUUUACAUCCUCCUCUCUUGCUUUCUCUCUUUUCUUUCUCUUUAUCCUUCUCAUAUCUAUAUUCCACACAGCAACAAUAAUGUUCACUUUACUCCUUCUUCAGUAAUCAAACAGUAAAGUGGAUCAGCGUGGUUCAUAUUGUACAUUCAUUCAGAUGUUGUUGAUGGUUGUUUAAUUGUGAUGGUGAUUUUUUUGAGUGUGUAUAUAAAAAAAAAAAGUAUAAAAACUGCUUCAAAGUUGGUGGAAACAUCCCUCUCCUGCUUCUGAUGAGUGAGUGUGCAUGAAGGAAUGUAUUCAAUGUAUUGAAACUGAAAGGGCCCAGCUGUCUGAACGCUAAUGUAAAUCUAAACUGCGAAUCAGCCGCAGUCUUAUUCCACAGUUGUACAGUUCCAGCCUCAGAGUUAACGCCUCUUAUUUUAGUUAGAAGAGCUGCAAUACAGUCUUUCAAGUUCACCAGUUCAUGUUUUUCAUUCUCUUCCUAAUCCUACCACACCUAAGCCAGAUAAGCAGUUUUUCUAGUCCACAGGUUCCCAACCCUGGUCCUGGAGGACCCCCUGUCAAGGAGGGUUUAGUGUUUUCACCAGUCCCAACACACCCAUUUCAAGUGAGGAAGGGCUUGUUAAUGAUCUGAUUAGUUGACUCAGGUGUGGUGGUACUCCAGGACCCGGUUUGGCAACCACGGCGCCAACAAUUCGCCACCAUAAGAUGUGUUUGGAGCAGAAUAAUACAAAAUGUGGACUGGAUCGGGCCCUUGUGGAUUGGAUAGGAAGUCCCGAGAUAGCGCAAUGAUUUUUCGUUUACUCAUCUGAUUUUUGAAUCCGUUAUUAUGGCAGUAGUUCAGCAAAAGAUCAAAUUCGCACAGUUGUUUCCUCUUUGCUUGAUGUUGAUUGUUCAGGGUUAAGCUUCUAUUGCCUCUUAGCCUCAUAGCACCAGUACAAAGCUGAAAAAGCAAACAUGUCUUGGCUGAUCAGCUACAUUUUGGGGAUAGGGACUGUGUAACUAGUUUUUUAGUGAACUGCCGCAUUAUAGCAGUGAGGUGAACAGAGCUUAAUGGUUUGACAUAGUGGAUUGACAAGGCAUGUAGGGAGCUGAAGUCAGGACUGUCUAUAAGAUCAAAGUGUCUGCUGCCUAGAUGAAUAUUUACUUUAUGGUUAUUAGUAAUUUCAACACUAGCCCAAUAAUGUGACCCAAAUUUGCCCCUCAGAUGGACAAUAGCUGUGCAGUUUUAACAGCCAUAUUCAGCUCAUUGUCAAACGUCUUUUCAUUUAAUUAUAAAAAUGUAAACAAGAAUAUUCCAACAAUAGUCAUGCUGUUUUCCUUCAGAACAGCCUUCAGAACCAAGGUUGAGAACACUGGACUAGACUGAAUGAUGCAUUUAUCGAGUACCUGGGUCUGCACCAUACAUCCGAUUGCAAUACAGCUCUGUCCUACACUUGCUUUGUCUAGCCCAUCUCUGGAGAGCUCUUGUUUAAUUUCAUUACAUUUGUCACAUUUUACUCUGCAGUGAAAGAUUUCUCAUUGUAAUUCUUGUGUACAAACAAUGUAAUUAUUGCAGUCAGUUGAAGUGCAUUGUAUUUAUACAGAUUAAUAUUGGGAGUAUUUGUUUUGUUUGCUUUGAUUUCAGGAUGGAGUCGCCAUAAUGAAGCACAUAGUAAAUGAAACUUUGCUUUUAUUGUCA